AUGAAGAUUUCCGAGCAAGCUGUCUUUGCCCUUGCGGCCCUGGGCCAGGUUGUUUCCGCAACCAUCAAGGUCGAAGUUCGCUUCAGCGACAAGAUGGUCAAUGUUGGCAACCUCGACCUUUUUGCAACUACUUGGCAGAAGAUAUAUGCAGCGACCGGCAACCAGUACAGCAUUGUCACUGAUAACACCUAUCCCACCAACGACGACAAAUGCACAUCUCAUUACACCGACCAUACCCUCAAUGCUCAGGUCAUCGUCAAUGGACAAUGGGGCAAAGUUCCAGGGCUUGGUCCUCACGACUCUCGCGAAGCUCUUGUCCAAUCCAUCUGGAAAUCUCUCCAACUCGGAAGCGACAAAACUGCAUGGGAUGUCUAUACUAACUGCUACGGCCUGACCUGGCAGGAGGGCAUUCCUUACUGGAAAACGCCAGCCUGCGGUGCGGUUGCAGCGACCGUUAGCAAGCAAUGCCAAUGCCCGAUCGCCUCUGCUCAGUGCCAGUAUUAUUCUAAGGGACACAAGGUCCCCUCCAUUAUCAAGGCCAACUUGUACCGCGAUGGGGUUCUUCUGGCCGAUAGUCUGACGAUUGAGUUCUCCUCUGCCGUGGUUGAACAGUCGGGUGGCUGCGGAAUAGUUGGUAUGAUUGCGAGUGGUCUUGCGGGUUUUGUCCCGGGUGUGGGAUCCAUCUUCUCCAAGGGAAUCACUUUGCUUUGCGAUAAAUAA